AUGUCGAUUCUCGCCCUUCUUCCACCACUUCCGCCCUUCCUUUUCUCGGCCCUCGUUGUAAGCGGCCUCGCCUCCAAAGCAUUACAUAUUGCCCUACAUAUUCGCUCGUUACCGUUCCUCUACUUCGUUCUAUAUUCGCCUACGCUCAUUCUCCCCGAUGUCCUCGUGAUAAUAUGUGUGCGGGUGCUGUUGCGCUUCCAUGCGCCGGAAGGCCGUUGGCAAUGGCUCUCGACCGCGCUCGGUGGGGCGCUAUCCCUGAUCACAUGGGGUGCCUCCUCCAUCCAGUUUGGCUUCUUCAUGCAGACCGGUGCCGAGGUCGCCUGGGCCGCUGGGGGUAGUUUCCUCAGUGAUCCGGCCGCCAUGAAAAUCCUCCUCAGUGGUAUCUCCACCGUCUCCGCGGCGGCUACUGUUCUCGGCCUGGUAGCCUGGCUGAUUCACUCGCACGUGUACAACCUCACCGGACUCGGGUUGCAGGCAAUCCGAGAUCUGUGCGUGGGCAGCUAUAGAGCGCGCUAUACAUUAAUUGCGUCCCCUAAACAAUCAUGCAUGGCCUCCCUGGAUCUCCGGUCGCUCCGUCGCAUCAUCCCCGCAGUCGCCAUCACGGUCUCGCUCGUCUUUUUGGAAAUCUCCCGUCCCUCAAUCCCUUAUGACCACCUGUCUGGCGCGCUGCCUUUGACGCUGCUUGAGGCGUUCAACAAAAAGACUGCUACGGUGGAGGGAUGCCGGGAACCAGUGGUGCCUUUCCCUGAGCUGAAGUCCUCGCAUCAUCUGUUCCAACCGGACGGGGCGUUUGUGGAACAGUGGUCCAGAGCGUCAUGGCUGCCCGAAAACCCACCAGCGGGAUUCAGCCGCUGGGACAACAGCCCGCAUGAUCGCGCAGAGAAGGAUAACCAUUUCUCUUUCGUGUGUGGAAGCGACGAAGGUGGAUUCUUCAACCCGAAAUCUGAUCCACUCAAGAUCUCGAACUUGGGUGGUGAGAUUUACGAGCCCCUCCAAAAGGCAUUCAAAGAACACUCUGUUGAGGUCAACCAUGUGGUGCUACUGACCCUUGAAAGUGGUCGCAAAGAGCUAUUCCCUGCACAGCAGGGAACACCCCUGUUUGAUGGUCUUCUCGCCUCUCACAAGAAGCAGAAUAUCGAGGAGGCAAUCGAUCGCUUGGUCACUAUGACCCCUACCGCCCAGCAGUUGACUGGUGAAUACGCUAUUGACAGCAAGGGCAACAAGGUCGACUUGAGCAACUCUACAUGGGAAAACCCGACCCCGGAAGGGAUGGGUGGUCUCAACGUCCGUGGAGCCAUGACAGGAAGCUCUCUGACUUUCAAGAGCAUUUUGGGGAGCCACUGCGGUGUCCACCCAUUGCCCGUGGAUCUUUUGGAAGAAUCCCAGCUCGAGAUUUAUCAACCUUGCUUACCCCAAAUUUUCGACUUGUUCAACAUGGGUAAAGAGCAGCCCGAGCAGCCCAAGGGAAACCACAGCCAAGCCGCUAGGAGUACUUCUGAGGCCGUGAAGAAUCCCUGGAAGUCAGUCUUCAUGCAAUCGAUCACCGAUGACUAUGAUCGCCAAGACGUUCUCAAUGAGAACAUGGGCUUCACACACAAGGUCGUCAAGAGUGACCUUCAAAGCUCGCAUUCGAAGUACAAAGCCAAGGGCAAGGAAAUCAACUACUUCGGAUAUGCCGAGACUGAACUGCAGCCAUACGUGCGUGAUCUCUUCGAGGAGGCCGCUAACAACAAGACUCGCAUGUUCCUUUCCCACGUCACCAGUACAACGCAUCACCCCUGGAGCACACCAGAUGACUUCAAGAAGGAGCCUUACAUGAGCGACCAAGGAAGCAUCAACCACGACCUCAUGAACAACUAUUUGAACGCCGCGCGCUUCGUCGACAUCUGGCUCGGUGAUAUCAUGAACAUGCUCCAAGAAACCGGCAUCGCCAACGAGACCCUCGUUGUCGUCGUUGGGGAUCACGGCCAAGCUUUCGGUGAAGACAACAAAGAUAUGACCGGAACCUACGAAAACGGUCACAUCAGCAACUUCCGUGUUCCCCUCGUCUUCCAUCACCCACAAAUGCCUCGCGUUGACAUUACCGCCAACGCAACCGCCCUCUCUAUCAUCCCAACCAUCCUCGAUCUUCUUGUCGAGUCCAACUCUUUGGACGAGCGAGACUCGGAAAUCGCCUCCGCUCUCCUUCCUGAAUACCAAGGCCAGUCUCUACUGCGUCCCUUCCUCUCCAGCGUGGAAGAAUCACCCCACCAUGGCAGCCACCCACCGCCACCUCCCCCUCCCCCCGAGCGUGAUGUCUCCCAACCCGAGGCCCGCUCCCACCCCGAUGGCCCACCCAAGCGCUCAGUCUGGAACAUGGGUCUCAUCAAUGCUGGUGGCUCCAUGCUCUCCGUCACAACGGCUGGUAUGCCCUACCGCUUGAUCCUGCCUCUAAAGGAAGAAUUCGAGUAUACCUUCACUCACUUAGGUGAAGACCCCGGUGAAACCCACCUCACCAAAGCAUGGACCCUUCCCGAGCUGAUCAAGGAGGUCAAACCCAAGCACGGUGAGGAAACAGCCAUCUGGCUCGAAGACGCCGAAAAGGUCGGCAAGUGGUGGGUCACCGAACAAAAACGCAUCUGGGGCUACCGUGAAGCCUAA